UAUUCAAACGAUUACGAUGAAGACAUACAUAGCAUUUAAACACAAAUAUCUUGGUAUUUUUAAAAGUUCAACCAAUUCUGACACAUUUUAUUAACUACAAAGUAAUGGAGAAGCAAGAUACCAACCACUUUUUUCUUUGAAAUUGAUUUCAAGUUCAAAACUAUAUCUCAUUUCCGCAGCAUUAAAAUAUAUGAUCUAUACAGCACAUCUAAACCUGUUGCUUACUUCAAAAGAGCAAAUACUAACAUGUCCCCAAAGAGGAUAACAUUUUAUGGGUCUUUAAAAAACAAAAAUAUAUAUAUAUUUUUUUAAAUCUGUGGUUUCAAUUUCUCAUUAUAAGCAUGGUAUAAAUCUGUACAAGGGCUUUAUUUGCAAUGACUUUUUUCUAAAACAGUAUCUCCUUACAUGUAGUAAAAUAUUUCUAAUGAAAUAGUUUCAAUUAUCAAAUGCGUACCAGUUAUCACUUGUUUUUUAAAUUUUUACAACAAAGUAAUAUUUGCUCCAAAGAGGAUAUAUUUUCAUUUUAGAAAAAAAAAAAUCAUGUAGAUAAUGAAUAUACAAACUUGAAAGCACAUGAUGUCACUAUCUUUCUCCUGCUAGAAUUUCAUAGGCCUCACACAGGACAAAAAGGGCAUAUUUAACAAUAUCUACUAAACUCUUAUGCAUUAAGAAUAAUGUUCCUGGUCCAAAAAUUACAUACAAGAGGAUUACCUUCAAAAAGAGAACAAGCAAUUAAAAGAUAAAUAGAUGUUGAAAAUUACUCAAAUUCUUAUCAGGUUGAUUUGGAGAGCCAAAGUAUACAUAAAGAAAAUUUUAAGUAAGAAAAUAUUCAGCAAAAUGUUGGGUUUGUAAGAUGUUUCAGUCAAUACUGAUGUGGAAACUAUGAACUUAUUCCAAAAGAAGAAAACCAUUGGCUUAUCAUACAACAGCAGCUACCUACAUAUUUUCAUUAACUGAUUCUGCUAUUAUAUGUACACAUGAAACUGUGUUUGGAAAUCCCACAAGCUAUAUGAGAAAAACCCUCCUUUUGUUUACUUUGGAUACUAAUUACAGAUACAGAUAAUAUGGGUACAACUUAUUUAUAAAAGAGAAAACAUCAUUUUCCUCUCCUUCGCAUGAAUAACUGCAUGUUAAAAGAAAGCUUUUGCCUUUCGAUGGCAAACCUGUUUAUACAUACAAUAAGGCAUGAAAAAUCUGUAGUUAAAACAACAAAAUAUAUUUUUGGUAUUUUAUCACUAAAAGUUUAUACUGAAAAAGGUCUGGACAUUUGAAAAAUAAAGGACUAGAAUCAUCUCCAUGCCCUACCAGUGUAUUUUGGGAAAAUCAAAUUUUCUCUAAAGAAACUUAUGAAGAUAUUUGUACAGUUAUCAUGAUCUAAUACGAAUCAAACGUAGUAGAAAGAAUGCAGGGAUAUUUUAGUUCUAACACCCUCCUACCUCCCCAGCCCUUACCUCCUUGUACAUUCCAAAUAAUGUUUUGUAAUUCAAUGUCUCCGCCUACCCCAUUUACUUUAUGCCACUCCUAGUUACUGUCACACUAGGAAGAAGUCUAACAUGCAGAUUUAGAGUGGCAUGGAUAAAUGGCAAAAAAUGCCUAGAAAAUUGGUCUGUUCGCCUUUAUAAUUUUUGUUGAAAAAUACUCCAUUGCUCCCAACUGAUGAAAACAGGAAGCUCUAUUCAUAAAUAUAAAAUCCACUGCCUAUGAUAUAUAAUCAUCCUAAUAAGAAAAUGAGCUCUAUACAUACUUCUCCAAAGGGGCAAAAACGGAGAUAGUUUCCCAAAGAUGUUUCCAAUUUUCUUCUGAAUCAGAAUUAGCAAAUCGAGACGACUAACAUACUCUGUCUGUGGGCAUUAUUCCUUACUACACACAGCAUUUUGUAAUUUAUUUCAAAGGUUUAGAAACAAAAAAAUAUAGCUUCUGUUAACCCACUCUAUUCUAAGCUCACAGAAUGUAAAGUGAAUAAUCUACAUUAUAACGUAAGUAUUUUUACUUUAUAGAAGAUCUGCUAUCAGAAACUUUAACGUCCAAACUACUUAAAGAAUUAUAUAAAAUGAAUACAAUUCCAUGAAAGAUAAAAAUUAUUACAAUCAUAAAGAAAACUAAGAUUCAUCCAAUAAACUAUAUUACAAUUCCUGUCAUUCACUUUUUUAAGAUCUUCCAACUAGGCAUGAGAUAAUGGUAUAAAUGAAAGAUUACAUUUAAUCGUUAUUGUAAAGGCCGCCAUCUAAAUUAUUGAUAAUAAACUAGACAGACGUGAUUUAAAAUUUACAAAAAAAUGCCUAGACUAACACUUUCAUGACAGCCAAUUACAGUCAAGCCUAGCAAGCAGUUUGCAACCAGACCUUAAGGUAAACUUUUUUUUUACAAUGAGUUACAGAUUCACAAGUUUAAGAAGACAAGAAAAAGGAAAACAGAAGGAAUCCAGCCACCCAGCAAAUAUGAAGCAGACCCCAGAAUGUGAUACAGUCCAAAGAUGUAAAUUAUUGUAAAUCAUCACUGUUGUUCAGAAUUUCACACAGACUCUUGAGCCAAUUUUGUUCAUUUAUCCACAGACACAAUAAUGAACUAAAAAGAGGAGGCAAAAAGGCAGGGGUUGGGGGGGAGAGUAGAAAGGAAAGCCCUUAACUGCAGAACUCUGCUCUACAAAUGCUUAACCUUACAGGAGUUUGGGCUCCUUCAGCAUUUGUAUUCUAUCCAAAUCCUCAUGAGUCACAAAAAUUAAAAAGCUAUAUCCUUCUGGAUGCCAGGAAAGGCCUUACCACAAGCCUUUUGUGAGAGAGAAAGAGAGAGAGAGAAAGAGAGAGAAAGAAAGAGCAAGGGGGAAAAGCCACAGUGGUAGGCAGUCCCACUUUACUUUGAGUACUGUGAGGUCACAAACCACAUGAUUCUGCCUCUCCAGUAAUAGUGCUUGCAAAAAAAAAAGGAGUUUUAAAGCUUUUGCUUUUUUGGAUUGUGUGAAUGCUUCAUUCGCCUCACAAACAACCACAGAACCACAAGUGCGGUGCAAACUUUCUCCUGGAGGACAGCAAGAAGUCUCUGGUUUUUAAAUGGUUAAUCUCCGCAGGUCACUACCAGCCACCGAGACCAACAGAGUCAGUGAGUGCUCUCUAACCACAGUCUAUGCAGUAAUAGUAGGUCCUUCAAAUAUUUGCUCAUUCUCUUUUUGUUUUGUUUCUUUGCUUUUCACAUGUUACCAGCUACAUAAUUUCUUGACAGAAAAAAAUAAAUAUAAAGUCUAUGUACUCCAGGCAUACUGUAAAACUAAAACAAAGUUUGGGUAUGGUUUGUAUUUUCAGUUUAAGGCUGCAAGCAGUAUUUACAACAGAGGGUACAAGUUCUAUCUGAAAAAAAAAGGAGGGACUAUGGCAUCAAACAGCCUCUUCAGCACAGUGACACCAUGUCAGCAAAACUUCUUUUGGGAUCCGAGCACCAGCCGGCGCUUCAGCCCCCCCUCCAGCAGCCUGCAGCCCGGCAAAAUGAGCGACGUGAGCCCGGUGGUGGCUGCGCAACAGCAGCAGCAACAGCAGCAGCAGCAACAGCAGCAGCAGCAGCAACAGCAGCAGCAGCAGGAGGCGGCGGCGGCAGCGGCGGCGGCUGCGGCGGCUGCGGCAGCAGCAGCUGCAGUGCCCCGGUUGCGGCCGCCGCACGACAACCGCACCAUGGUGGAGAUCAUCGCCGACCACCCGGCCGAGCUCGUUCGCACCGACAGCCCCAACUUCCUGUGCUCGGUGCUGCCCUCGCACUGGCGCUGCAACAAGACCCUGCCCGUGGCCUUCAAGGUGGUAGCCCUCGGAGAGGUACCAGAUGGGACUGUGGUUACUGUCAUGGCGGGUAAUGAUGAAAAUUAUUCUGCUGAGCUCCGGAAUGCCUCUGCUGUUAUGAAAAAUCAAGUAGCAAGGUUCAACGAUCUGAGAUUUGUGGGCCGGAGUGGACGAGGCAAGAGUUUCACCUUGACCAUAACCGUCUUCACAAAUCCUCCCCAAGUAGCUACCUAUCACAGAGCAAUUAAAGUUACAGUGGAUGGACCUCGGGAACCCAGAAACCCCAGGCAGGCACAGUCUUCCCCGCCGUGGUCCUAUGACCAGUCUUACCCCUCCUACCUGAGCCAGAUGACGUCCCCGUCCAUCCACUCUACCACCCCGCUGUCUUCCACACGGGGCACUGGGCUUCCCGCCAUCACCGAUGUGCCUAGGCGCAUUUCAGAUGAUGACACUGCCACCUCUGACUUCUGCCUCUGGCCUUCCACUCUCAGUAAGAAGAGCCAGGCAGGUGCUUCAGAACUGGGCCCUUUUUCAGACCCCAGGCAGUUCCCAAGCAUUUCAUCCCUCACUGAGAGCCGCUUCUCCAACCCACGAAUGCACUAUCCAGCCACCUUUACUUACACCCCGCCAGUCACCUCAGGCAUGUCCCUCGGUAUGUCCGCCACCACUCACUACCACACCUACCUGCCACCACCCUAUCCCGGCUCUUCCCAAAGCCAGAGUGGACCCUUCCAGACCAGCAGCACUCCAUAUCUCUACUAUGGCACUUCGUCAGGAUCCUAUCAGUUUCCCAUGGUGCCGGGGGGAGACCGGUCUCCUUCCAGAAUGCUUCCGCCAUGCACCACCACCUCGAAUGGCAGCACGCUAUUAAAUCCAAAUUUGCCUAACCAGAAUGAUGGUGUUGACGCUGAUGGAAGCCACAGCAGUUCCCCAACUGUUUUGAAUUCUAGUGGCAGAAUGGAUGAAUCUGUUUGGCGACCAUAUUGAAAUUCCUCAGCGGUGGCCCAGUGGUAUCUGGGGAGUCACAUCCCACAUGUAUCAAUAUAUACAUAUAUAUAGAGAGAGUGCAUAUAUAUGUAUAUCGAUUAGCUAUCUACAAAGUGCCUAUUUUUUAGAAGAUUUUUUCAUUCACUCACUUAGUCAUGAUCUUGCAGCCAUAAGAGGGUAGAUACUGAGAAGCAGAAGGCUCAAGAGAGACAGUUGCAAUCGGGUUUCAGAUUGUUUACUAUUUAAGAUACACUUUUACAAAGGAACAAACAAGGGAAAAGGUAUUUUUGUUUUUGCUGUUUGGCCUGUUAUCAUCAAUAACCUGUUCAUAUACCAAUUCAGAGAGGUGGACUCCAGGUUCAGGAGGGAGAAGAGCAAAGCCGCUUCCUCUCUGUGCUUUGAAACCUUACACCCUCACGGUGGCAGCUGUGUAUGGACCAGUGCCCUCCACAGACAGCUGACAAAACCAGUCGAGGUGCACUAAAGGGACAUGAGGUAGAAUGGACGCUUCCAUCACAGUACCAUCAUUCAGAAUAAUGCUUCCAAUUUCUGCUUUCAGACAUGCUGCAGGUCCUCAUCUGAACUGUUGGUUUUUUUUUUUUUUUUUUUUUCCUGCUCUAAGAAAGUGACUUCAAAAAUAACUGAUCAGGAUAGAUUAUUUUAUUUUACAUUUUAACAUUCCUCCUCCCCUUUUCCCAUUGAACCAAAAAGAAAUCCAAUCCCUAAAACCUGCCUUCUCCUUUUAUGCAAAACUGAAAAUGGCAAUACGUUAUUAUAGCCAUAAUGGUAUAGAUAGUGUUUGCGUUUGGCUAUGUGUUGUUUUCUUUUUUUUUUUAAAUUAUGAAUAUGUGUAAAAUCUGAGGUAACUUGCUAACGUGAAUGGUCAUAUAACUUUAAAGAUAUAUUUAUAAUUAUUUAAUGACAUUUGGACCCUUGAAACAUUUCUUAGUGUAUUGAUAUGUUGACUUAGGUCUCUAAAAGUGCUCUUUAUUAAAUAACAAAUUUCUUCCGUGGUCUAGAGCCAUAUCUGAAAUAUUGCUAAGCAAUUUUAGUUCAUCCAGGCACAAUGUGAUUAAAAAAAUACUUUCAUCUCCAAAUAUUUUAGAUAUAGCUUGUUUUGGUGAUGUAUGAAGGAAAUGUUAUGUUUAGUUCUUUCAGAUCUUUGAAUGCCUCUAACACAGCUUUGCCUUUUAAAACAAUAAUUAGGGAUUUAAAAACAACCUUUAGCCCUUUAUCAGCAUGAAAUGCUGGAGCAAUGUGGUUUUUUAAUUUCUUUGGGGUAAUUAUGACUCUUGUCAUAUUAAAAAGACAAGCACAAGUAAAUCAUUGAACUACAGAAAAAUAUUCUGUGGUUUCAUAGUUAAGCAAAACUCUAAAUCGCCAGGCUUCAUAGUGAAGACAUAGUCAGCUUAAAGCCACACAUGUGGAUAGAGGAUCAAUUAUGAGACAUCUAAUACAGGAGAGCAAAGUUGCACCAGGGAUUCUUAACCAACCAGCCUUACCAGACAACACAUCAGGGGAACCCCAAUCUGCCUUACCCAAGGCCCCACUGGCAGCUUCCCACAGAAUUUGCAUUUAGAGGAGCAGAAUGACAUCGCUGUCCUUUGGGAGUCGGUCCUCUGAAGAGGUAGCCAGGUUCCAGCAGGCAGCUGAGCUGAGAGGAUGACAUACAGCCUGUGGGGACCUACAGAAAGCCUUUGACAUUUGUAUUUCCUACAAUGGAGGGCCAAGGAGGGCAAGGAUGUGUGGAGUUUGGUGUCUACUACUGCGUACGAAUUUGAGCUAGAGCCCUUCUGUGGCAUGCACUUUGACCACUCCUGGGAGUCACAUGACAGAUUUCCAAGUUCAAAUCCUUAAUCCAAACUAGGAUCAUCUAAUGACACCACCAGGCCAAUCCCUGCUCUCCUCCCCGAAAAGUCAGGGUCCCGUCAUUGGAGCCCUCCACCCUCCCGAGCAGAACUUAGCAGAGAUUUGCCUUCAACCCCUAAUGGCCCCCUUAUUCUCUGGUCCUUCUCAAACCCACCUUUGUAGGCCACCCAGCAUUGCAGGACAGCAUGUGGGGCAGCUGGACCUGUUCUUCCUGCCGGGGAGUCUCCCUUGGAACUCAUCCUGACUCCUUCUAAAAAAAAUUGAUGGGAAAACAAAACACUUUGCCUUCUAAAGGCCAUAUACCAAGUAUAUUUAGAUAAAUAAGCCACUUUUCUAUUACUUAAGUAAGAUGGAAGUAGUCAUUGAUACUAUUUAUUGUUUGUGUGUGGUAGCUUGAAGCACACCACUGUCCAUUUAUUUGUAAGUGUAAAAUAUGUGUUUGUUUCAGCAGCACUUAAAAAAGCCAGUGUCUGGUUACACAUUUCAAUUUUAAUUAAUCAACAUAAAAAUGUUACUGCCUGUGCCAGCUGCAUCCUAUUUAAUUAAAAAAGUACUAUAUUUGUACAUUAUGUUUUAAUGUUAAAAGUGCUAAAAGGGCUUUUUUAAGUUUACAGUACACCUACCGAGUGACUUUGGUUAUGCUUUUGUGUCGAAAUGUUACUCUACUGGCUGCAGGCAGCAACCCAGAAACACUUUAGAAGCUUUUUUUCCUUGGGAAAAAUUCAAGCACUUCUUCCCUCCACCCUCACUCCAUCCACCCCAAUGGGGGUCAUUCACAUUUCUUAGAACAAAUUCUGCCCUUUUUUGGUGUAGGGAUUAAAAUUUUGUUUUUCUUUUUUUCCACGGAACCAUUAAUUUGCACUGGGUCAUGUGUUUGAUUUGUGAUUUCAAGACCAAAGCAAAGUCUUACUACUACUGUGGAACCAUGUACUAGUCAACACUCUAGUUCUGGGAAUUCAGAUAGCGUGGUUCUUGACGUAGCACAAACAUUGCUGGAAUUUACAGUGUGAUCAGCGCAGCCACAUUAUUUAUCCAUUUCACUUGUCUCACAAAUUUCAACCCAUGUCAGAGUUCCAGGAAAGGUAUCACAGCUUUGGUUUUAGGUUAGUGGAAUAACAUUCAGCCUGGAACUGAGAAACUCAACAGAUCAACUAUCGUUUGCUCUUUAGACAGUCUUACCGCCUCUCCCCCGCCAGGGCCCUUUAAAAAUGAGCAGAGGAAUCCACACCACUAGGGAGCAUUCAUGAUAAAUUCAGAAGGGAGGAGAGGUGUGUGCAGCUUUAAGGAUUCCCUCCAUUCUGAGGAAAGGGCCUGGCCCAGAAUCCUGGUUAAUACGUGGAAAUAUGAAGCAUUAGCAAAAGUAAUCAUUAUACCCAUGGUAUUUGAAAGAACAAUAAUAAAAGACAAUUCUUCCAAACCUUGAAUUUGUUGUUUUUAGAAAACUAAUGCAUUAAAAAAUUUUUUCUAUGUGAGAACUUUUUAGAUGUUUGUUUACUUCAUGUUUACAAAUAACUGUUUGCUUUUUAAUGCAGUACUUUGAAAUAUAUCAGCCAAAACCAUAACUUACAAUAAUUUCUUAGGUAUUCUGAAUAAAAUUCCAUUUCUUCUGGAUAUGCUUUACAAUUCUUAGGUUUCUGUGGAACAAAAAUAUUUGUAGCAUUUUGUGUAAAUACAAGCUUUCAUUUUUAUUUUUUCCGAUUGCUAUUGCCCAAGAAUUGCUUUCCAUGCACAUAUUGUAAAAAUUCCGCUUUGUGCCACAGGUCACGAUUGUGGAUGAGUUUACUCUUAACUUCAAAGGGACUAUUUGUAUUGUAUGUUGCAACUGUAAAUUGAAUUAUUUGGCAUUUUCUCAUGAUUGUAAUAUUAAUUUGAAGUUUGAAUUUAAUUUUCAAUAAAAUGGCUUUUUUGGUUUUGUUA